UGGCUGACUCUUCAGCUACUGCACCAAUCACAAAUUCUCUGGAAUGCGGUCGCUUUAAAUUUUAUUUACAAGGUCCAGCUGAUAAUGCAGAACAUGAGAGAAUGCCGGAGAUAAUAUUCGUUUGAUGGAGACUGGAUUUAUGUGUGAUUAUGUAGGACAUGAAAAUCAGCCGAGAUGUCAAGCACACAAAUUUUAAUCAACGCCGACGUGGACAAGAAGUUAAUCAACAGAAAAGACAUUGGAAUACAAAUCUUGUGCUUUGACAUCACCCACUUUUCGCAAAAUAUCCAAUUUGUUCUAUGCAGUGUGGCUGUGUUCUUUUUCUAUCUUCUUUAUGGGUACAUGCAAGAGCUUCUUUUUACGCUUGAUGGGUUUAAACCCAUGGGUUGGUACCUUACUUUGGUGCAGUUCGCAUACUACUCAUUAUUCGGAUGGCUAGAGACGAAAUUGAAAAGAGAAUCUACGAGGAGAAUUCCAAUGAAAACAUACUUUGUACUAGCCCUACUCACACUGGGAACCAUGGGCUUCUCCAACUCAUCUCUCGGAUACCUGAACUACCCAACCCAAGUUAUAUUCAAGUGUUGCAAGCUGAUACCUGUCAUGAUCGGCAGCGUUUUGCUGCAGUCCAAGAGAUACGGGUUUCUGGAUGUGUCUGCAGUUGUGUGCAUGUGUGUCGGCUUGGUCUUCUUCACGCUGGCCGACAGCCAAGUUUCUCCAAUUUUUGAUGUGAUAGGCGUCGUGAUGAUUUCCUGCGCCCUCCUAUGUGAUGCUGUAAUCGGCAACGUGCAGGAAAAGUCGAUGAAAAGCUACAAAGCUUCUAACACUGAAGUAGUCCUUUAUUCCUACGCAAUUGGAUUCGCCUACUUAUUCAUCAUCCUAGCGCUGACAAACAAUCUUUUCGCUGGUGUUGCUUUUUUCGCUAAGCACCCUGUUGAGACCUAUGGCUACGCUUUUAUUUUCUCGGCAACAGGCUACCUGGGGAUCCAGAUUGUUUUGACUUUGGUGCGUACUUGCGGAGCGCUAGCCGCAGCCACGGUCACCACCGCCAGAAAAGCAGUCACCAUUGCUCUCUCGUUUUUGGCUUUCACCAAGCCAUUCACCAUACAAUACUUUUGGGCUGGUUGCAUUGUGGUGCUCGGAAUUUACUUGAGCGUGUUGAGCAAAAGACACAAGAAUUUUGGCGUGAGAGAUGUUGUCCAAUUCACCGAUAAAAUCAAAGGUUUUGUGGUCAAACCGAAGAGGAAAAUCAUUACUAGCGUGUAGAAAAAGUGAAUUAUAUGAAAAAAUAAGAUCCAUGCAUUUGUUCUGAAGAAUGUUAACGAUAUAUUUUUGCCAUGUUCUGCAUUUUUCUUAAAUAUUUAUUUCGUGUUUCUUAUUUUAAGCUUUUUUGCAUUCCUUCAUUGUUAAUAAGAAGAGUAUUGUUUCUAAUUGAUGGAGAGCAUCAUUAUUGAUUAAAUUUCUUUUAUGUCAGUAAGCUUCUGUAUUUUCUGUAACAAAUAGUUCCAAAUGAAAAAUAAACUUACUUCAUAAUUGGAAAAUAACCUCUCAUUUAUAACUUU